CUUUCCUUCGAGGGGCCUGCGACUGUGCAUGUCCGUGCCAUUACCAUUCUUGCACUGCAAGGGGUGGCAUGAAGAAGCAUUGUAGGAUGGCUGUCUGUCUAUUGCUGGCCAGGUCUUUUCUGAAAAGAGGACGCGGGGAAUGCGAAUCUCUCCUUAAGACACCCAAGGCUAUGCCCGCUUCUUCAUCCUCCCUUCCUCCCUUCAUCCUUCUCUUCCCACCAUUAUUGUUUGUCCCACUCUCUUCCAUCUAUAUGUGCCAUUGAUACAUACUUACCUUGCCCAUACUCCAUACCAUCUUCACCUGUUCGCUUUCCUGUAUAUCAACCCUGAUCCACACGGUACUGCACUACCCUUUGUCAUCUGUUUCAACCUCCGGAAAACGCGACCUUGACUGAUGCUUGGAAACGGGUACAAAGAGCGUCUUGCGACUGCUCAGAGCAACAUCGGCCCGCUCUUGAUUAACCUGUCCAAACAGCCCCCGACCUCCCAGUCUCAGCCUCUGCAACAGCAACAGCGGCAGCGCCUGCAGCCUGCUGAAGAUAAUGAGCCCCACCUGGAUAUCCCGUUCAAGCACUCCUUCGCGAUAAAGUUGAUUUCUAACAACAACAGCGUGAUCGCACCCUCUCUUCCACCAGCUCUUGUCCCCGCACUGGAAUCCAACUCUGCCUCUCGCCACUCGCUCCGAAGGCAUCAGCGGCAGCAUCCAAGUCAACAGCAGCAACAGCAGCAACAACAGCAACAGCAGCGCGUAUCUCGCUUACCCAACGCAUCCAUCAGUUUUGGAAAACUCACGGAUCAGUUUCCAGAGCUGGGGUUACCCGAACCGAACAACAUUGUUGGGCUUGCACGCUCAUCUGCUGAGGAUCUUUCAUCGCCUGUUUCAUCCGUAUUUGGCAGUGUAUCUCGUUUGACCACCUCUUCUCGCUGGGACCUGACACAGCACGCCUUCUAUGACGGCAGCAGCAGCAAUUCGCCCAUGUCAAAUCCUCCCAGAAUCGAGGACAUGACUUAUAUUUCAUCCUUGGCAUCGUCUUCUGUGGAAAGUGGACAUGGGAAUAUUUUCCACACAGAGACAACUGGAGGUCCUGGCAACUGCCAAUCCUUGCUGAUCAUGGGUGGCCAGCAAGAGGGUUCCGGAAUCUCCAAUGUGUGGGCGAAUCUAGCAGCAACCACUUCCCUGGAUGCGGCUGUGAUCAUCCAACGUGCUGUCCGCCGAUUCCUUGUCCGGAAACGAGCUGGAAUCAACAAGCAUGCGACCAAACAUUGCAACAAUCUUGUGCUCAAGACGAUCGCGCCUCUCCAGAGUGGUACACAGUUAGAUUACCAACAAUAUCCCUUGACUGACAGAGCCACCACAGCCACCACCACCAAUAAGGACAAAGUCGAUCUGGAGACACUUCAACACACAUGCCUUCGCCAAUCCGAAGAGAUCAGCCAACUGAGGGUGCUCAUGACCAAGAUGCUACUCGAUACAGAGGAGGAUCGACGCAAGUUAUGUGAGCGAGACCGAAAGAUCGAGGAGCUGGUGAAGCAACAGCAAAAGUUGACCCAGUCCGCCAGCCUCGCUUCAGGAUUCAUGGAUCUGUCAUCUGCAAAGAACUCUAUUGCUGCCCCAACCACGAAAUUUAGCGGCCAUACCGUUGGUGUCAACACUGGCACCAUCGUGUCCUCGGCUACUCUGCCAUCCAUGAACACAUUCGGUCUUCCAACUGGUGCUGUUGGGGACGAUGCUUUGUCAGAUAUUGUUGCGAUAGAUGAUUUGUAUGAGACCAACCUGUCGUACGCCAGCAGCGUUAGCGGUCCUCCUAUACAUCCACUCUCGCUCCCAUCCAGGUCCAACUCGAUCUCCUCUCUCCAGUCCCAGCCGCCGGCGCCGCAUUCACUGGGACUCAAAUUCAAUAGCGCCGGCCAAUCGUUGAUCUACCAGCAGCAGUAUCAUGGAUUGAUGGAUAUGGCCGACUCACCGUCGUCGUCCGAGUUUCCACCCUUAAACGAGUCUUCCUCUACCUCAUCGACCUUUGGGUCUGGAAGGGGCAUUGUAGGAUCUCAGCAUGGUUACACAUCCCAGUCUAACUUCCCGCUGUUGAGCCAUCGCAGCUCUGGUAGCUUCUCUUCGUCCUCGCGCGCAUUUGAUUCCCCCGCGAUUGAACAACAGGGAUCGUAUCCUUGGAAUACCCCAGGCGGUCUCUCGCAUUCUCAGUCUUGGAUGGAUGACAUGGCAGCUGGAUAUGGAUAUGAUAGCAAUGUUCCAUCGCCUGUACAGCUCCAACACGGUAGUCUGGGUCACGGCGGCGGAUACGAUCCCAACCUCAUCAAUCAGCAGUAUCCGCACGGUGGUCAACAGCAACACCAAAGCAUCCCCUCGCACAGAAACAGCUACCGGCGCCAUAGUGACAAGCCUUUUCAUCUGGACUACCAGAUGUGCGUUGACCGUAUCCUGCAAGCGACCGACCAGCAGGCAUCGAUCCACCUGCAACAAAAACUCAAGACCUCACCACCGGAACAAAAGAUCCAGAUCAUCGACGCGAUCCUUAGUCAAGCUUACGCGCUGAUGUCGAACCGCUUUGGUAAUUUCCUGAUCCAACGCUGCUUCGAGUUCGGAUCCCCACAGCAAAUCGAUGCAUUGGCACAAGCGAUGCGCGGCAAUGUUCUGACCCUGGCCUGCGACCCGUUCGGAUGCCAUGUGGUCCAGAAGGCAUUGGAUAACGUGGAAGAGGACUGUAAGGCCAGAAUCGUAACUGAAAUGUUCCGUAGGAUAAGAGAGACCAUUGUGCAUCGGCAUGCAUGCCAUGUGUGGCAGAAGGUAUUUGAGAUUCGCUGGACGGACGCGCCGCCCGCGGUCAUGACAUAUGUGAACAAUGCGGUUGCAAGACGCUGGGCCAGCGUUGCGGUCGAUGAGACGGGCAGCUUGGUCGUACAGAACAUCUUUGAGAACUGCGCCGAGCAUGAUAAGCGCCCCGUGCUGAAUGAAAUCCUUCAAUCGGUCACUAUGAUCGCCAAGGGCCAGUGGGGCAACUGGGUCAUUCAGCACAUUCUCGAGCACGGCGCCUCCGCCGAUCGCGCGAUUGUUACCCAGAAGAUUCUCGAGGAUGCCGUGAAUCUGUCUCUCGAUCAAUACGCUUCCAAGGUCGUAGAAAAAACCCUCCGCAUGGCUGCGAUGCACUCGUUCUCAACGUCGUCCUCCUUGCUCUCAGCCGCUAAUGGUGUCAACACUGACAAGAGUAGCAGCAGCAAUAACAGCGAUGACGCAGGACCACCCGCUGUGAUAGUGAACGGUAACACGAUCCGUUUGACACAAGAAGAUGUAAUGAACCAGUACAUCCAUAUCGUCUGCGAUGGAGUUCAGGACCGUCCUCGCAUCCCAUUGAUCGACAUUGCAGCAGACCAGUACGGCAACUACAUUGUACAGUAUAUCCUGACGAAUGCAGGACCUCAGCAUCGAGAGACAUGCGCGGCCUUAAUCAAGCGCCAUAUGGUCAGUUUGAGGGGAUCCAAGUAUGGACAAAAGGUCGCAUUCAUGGUUGAAAGGUGGAGAGGGGGCCCGUUCUCUGGAAACGGUAAUAACAAUAACAGCAACGGAAACAACAAUGGCGGAGGAAAUAUGGGGGGCGGAGGAUCGUCGGGGGGACGCGAUUCGUAUGGACAAAAGUCCGGUUCAGGCCUGGAUGGCGGCAACGGCAACGGCAACGGCAACGGCAGUGGAGGCGGACGGCGUCGAUGGUGAAUGUGCAAUCUAUUCAUACCUGCUUCUUCCUUCUAGUUCGUUUUAUACCCUUUGAAACAUCUGCUUAUCUAUUUCUAGUCAAAAUCUAUCAUGUCUUUGAAUGCA